CACAGAUGAACAUUCUGGAGUGGAGGAGAACGGGGCGAGGAGCGAGCCGAGGCAGAGGCAGAGGCAGAGGCAGGCAGGCAGGCAGCCGAGGCCUUUCCCAGCAGGAGGGGGAGGAGGAGGAGGAGGAGGAGGGAGAGGGGGGGGGGGAGGACGAGGACGACACCGAGAGGCGGCCGCCGCGCGAAGGAGAAGCCGUGCAGGAGCUGCGGCGGCACUUGGGCGCCACAUUCCCUCCUUACGAGACUGGCGAUGUGGAUGAGCAGGAGCUGACCCGGCUGCCGCGAGCCGCGUUGUGGAGCCGAGUGUCCGCUUCUCCUCCUCCUCCUCCUCCUCCUGCCCCCGCGCGGCUCAACCCGCACGCGGGGGUUCCCGCCGGCACGGGGCUCGCCCGGUCGUGGAGCAGGAGCGCUUCCGCCCGCUGGAGCCCGGGCACUAUGAUCGUACUCCCAUUCAGCACUGGGAGCCGCUUGGAUUUCGUGCAGCCGGCCCGCGGGGGGUUCUUGCAAGCCUUGCUUUGGAUUUUAUGUGCUACGGUGUGCAAAGCGGAACAGUAUUUCAAUGUGGAGGUAUGGCUACAAAAGUAUGGCUAUCUUCCACCAACUGACCCCAGAAUGUCAGUGUUGCGCUCUGCAGAGACCAUGGAAUCAGCGAUAGCUGCCAUGCAACAGUUCUAUGGCAUUAAUAUGACAGGAAAAGUGGACAGGAACACACUUGACUGGAUGAAGAGGCCUCGAUGUGGUGUGCCUGACCAGACAAGAGGUAGCCCCAAAUUUAACAUUCGUCGGAAACGUUAUGCAUUAACGGGACAGAAGUGGCAACACAAACAUAUCACUUACAGCAUAAAGAACGUUACUCCAAAAGUAGGUGAUGCCGAAACCCGUAAAGCCAUUCGCCGUGCCUUUGAUGUGUGGCAGAAUGUAACUCCUCUGACAUUUGAAGAAGUUCCUUAUAUUGAAUUAGAAAAUGGCAAGAGGGACGUGGAUAUUACAAUCAUUUUUGCAUCAGGUUUUCAUGGAGACAGUUCUCCCUUUGAUGGGGAGGGAGGAUUUUUGGCUCAUGCAUAUUUUCCUGGGCCAGGAAUUGGGGGCGACACUCAUUUUGACUCAGAUGAGCCAUGGACCUUGGGAAAUCCUAAUCAUGAUGGGAAUGAUCUCUUUCUAGUUGCAGUGCAUGAACUGGGGCAUGCUCUAGGCUUGGAGCAUUCCAACGACCCCACUGCAAUUAUGGCUCCAUUUUACCAGUAUAUGGAAACUGACAACUUCAAACUACCUACUGAUGAUUUACAAGGCAUCCAGAAGAUAUAUGGUCCACCUGACAAGAUCCCACCACCAACAAAACCUCUGCCAACAGUGCCCCCACAUCGUUCUAUCCCUCCAGCUAACCCUGGGAAGAAUGAUAGGCAGCCAAAACCUCCCCGGCCGCCCACUGGUGACAAACCUUCCUAUCCUGGAUCCAAACCUAACAUCUGUGAUGGGAACUUCGACACGCUUGCUAUUCUUCGCCGGGAAAUGUUUGUUUUCAAGGAUCAGUGGUUUUGGCGUGUCAGAAACAAUAGGGUGAUGGAUGGAUAUCCCAUGCAGAUCACCUAUUUCUGGAGGGGACUGCCUCCAAGCAUUGAUGCAGUUUAUGAAAACAGUGAGGGGAAUUUUGUUUUCUUUAAAGGUAACAAGUUCUGGGUCUUCAAGGACACCACUCUCCAGCCAGGGUAUCCUCAAGAUUUGAUAACACUUGGAAUCGGAAUUCCUCCCCAUGGUAUUGAUUCAGCAAUUUGGUGGGAGGAUGUUGGGAAAACCUACUUCUUCAAAGGAGAUAGGUACUGGAGGUACAGUGAAGAAGUGAGCUCCAUGGACCCAGGUUAUCCCAAACCGAUCACAAUCUGGAAAGGUAUCCCAGAAUCUCCUCAGGGAGCCUUUGUCCAUAAAGAAAAUGGCUUCACAUAUUUCUACAAAGGAAAGGAGUACUGGAAAUUCAAUAACCAGAUGCUCAGGGUGGAACCUGGAUAUCCCAGAUCCAUCCUCAAGGAUUUUAUGGGUUGUGAUGGCCCAACAGACCGGGACAGAGACCGAUACAGCCCUCAAGAUGAUGUUGAUAUUGUCAUCAAACUGGACAACACAGCCAGCACUGUGAAAGCCAUAGCCAUUGUCAUUCCCUGCAUCCUGGCCUUGUGCCUCCUUGUCUUGGUUUACACUGUGUUCCAGUUCAAGAGGAAAGGAACACCCCGCCACAUACUGUACUGCAAACGCUCUAUGCAAGAGUGGGUGUGAUAUAGGGUUUUCUCUUUCUCCCAGGAGUUUGUGGUAACUUGAGGUUCAACACAAGAGCUGUUAAGCAGUUUCCUAGCUAGGAGUGGGCAUCUGUCAGCCUGAAUCAAGGCUGAUCUUUAAAACCCAGGGGGUUGCCUGUCCUGCACAUGAGUGGGGAUUCACUCAACUAGGAAGCUUCCAUGAUACACAGUAUCUGCCGUUUCUUCAGUCCUUUGUCUUUCUUUGUCAUUCGAUUCUAGGCCUUUCCUCUGCACGCUCAAUACCCGAUAAACUAUCAGGAUUAACUAAUGAAGAGGAAAAAAAAAAAGAAAAGAAAAGAAAAUUCUCUAAUGUUUCUACUGUUUUCCCCACACAGCCUGUUCCCCUUUGAAAAGAUUUUUGCUGAAAGUAAUUUUUUUUUUUUUAAAUAUAACAACACAACAACCCAUAAUUGAACUUUCAGGAAAGUGUGAAGACCCAAAACAGCUUUGUCUCCAAAGAGGAUUGCUUUCUGUCUGCUAGGGAUAUAGUCCUACACUCCUACACACAAUUUUUGUCAAGUGGGAGACCUGGAUGACACGCAGGACUUCAGACUGUUUGGACAGCCAUUUUCCAACAAACAAGGGGCCAAAAUAUCUGCAAUAUAGUAACAGCCUUAAUGAUACAUUUUGUGUUUUAUACAGCUGUUCUGAGCUAUGUCCUCAAUGUUUUAACACAUUUAUAUUCAUUACAAUCUUCAAACAGAACCUUUUUAUUGAUUUGUUUUGGUUUGUUGGUUUUCCUGCAUCAUUUUUUCCCGAGCUAUACCAGGCCAACUGCCCAGGCCUUUCACAGGUCUGUCAGAAACGCUCAUUCCAAAGCAUAGCAAAAAGCAGUAUGUCUCUGAAGUGGAUUGCAAUGAACAAAAGUGAGAGUCAUGCUUUAGAGAAAAAUUGACACUGGUAUUACAUAGGUGUAACCCUUUGAGAACUAUUGGAUCAGUUUUCAGAGUCCGAUGGAUGCUAACCUGGGUUGCCAUGAAAUUACAGGACUGGGCAGAUGUGGUAUUUGGAAAUACAGGUUAAAAUACAUUCAGGUUUUUAAAGCAGAUUUCCUGUGACUGCAAGUAAAGGUUUUUAGUUACUUGCAUUAUUGGUAAAAAAAAUAUAAUAUUUAUAGCAAAUAAAUAAGAAUUAAACUAUAUUUGCCAGCUACUUUCUGGUUAAAUAAACAAAACUUAUUUUAAUAAUGUCUAGCACUUAGACAGGAUUUUUGAACCAGCUACAGUUUUAUAGCUUACACAUAUUGAAAUUCUGUUUUAAACUAUGUUGCAUGAUAAUUCAAUUUGUCUUGGUACAUGAAUACACAAAGGUAGAGUUACAGUAACAAAAGAGAGCUAAAAAUGAUGACUCUGAAGUUGCAUGAGUAUCCUCUGGUGCAUUACGUAUUGCAUGUUCACCACAGUUCUCAAAGGGUUAGUCAAGUCUUUGGCAUUUAGCCGUACAUUAAAUCACUGGCAGAGCCAAGGGACCACCAAAGCAUUUUGUCAUCUUGUGUAAUUUGUGCUAACAGCAGUAUUGUCAUUUUCAUGUGACCUGCAGAGCAGGUUUGUAUCAAUAUUUUUUUCCUAGAGAAAAGUCACCAACUGACAGACCUCUUUAUUGAUUUUAAGAGCUGCUUCUUGCAGUGAUAGGCUUUACAGUCACUGGGCUGUGAACUUAUUAAAGAUGGUCAGAAUGAAUACACCCCAUGAGUCAGACACCUGGCUUUUUAUGAAAGCUAGGAUUUGAGGGGAGUAGCUUUUGAAACAAUGAACAGCUUGCCUUGAACUUGAUUAUUGAUCUGUUGACUGUCAUUACCAUGUUAAACAUUGUCUUCUGUGAACAGUUUCACUGUCUGAAUUUCCUUAAAGUGUACCAUCCUAUGUCUUUGCUCUUUGACCUUUAACUUGCUAACUGGCACAAACUGAAGGGAAUCUGAUGUUACAAAUCAGUUUUGAUUGUUUUUUUCUUUUUCAAAGGCCUGAUAUUCAUUAUCCAAGGUUAUAGAAAGCAUUGAACUGUUUUCUUAGAAAAGGAAGUGACAGCAACAAAAUAUUUAUGGUAGAUCUGUAGAUGGAUAUUUGCUAUGUAUACAUGCACACUCUAAAAAUGAACUACAGUAGAAGUGAAUUUUUAUUAGCUUGAAUACAAUUUUCAGUAUAAAAUGAGUCAUUUCUACAAAUAAGUAGUUAUUAAUGACAAACAUAUAGGAAAAAUACUAAAAUACUUGAAACAGUCAGCACUGACUUUUACAUAAAACAAAAUUUUUAUACUAGAGUCAACCAAUUUCUUACUGAUUUCCUAAUCUACAUUACUAGAUCAUUUUUUAGAGAGUGUAGGUAUAUAUACAUAUAUAUAUAUAUUAUUAUUUUGGUAAUGGAUAGCUUGACUCCCUUGAAUUUAUAUUUAUAUUGAGCAUAGCAUGAAAAAAUAGUAUGCCUUUUUGUUCAAUUACAUGAUUUGAUUUUGAUUUGAGGACUUAUUUUAAGAUCAUAUGUGGCAUGCUAUAAAGCAUUGCAAACUGUUAUUUCUUAGAGCAUAAACAGAUUUAUGUACGUACAGCUAAAAAAAUGAACAGUUAGAAAAGAGGUAUAGUUUUACAGUAAAUAUGCAAUGCAGGUGGCAUUAUGGAGAUGUUUUGUAGAGGUACUGUAUACUGUAUGUUAGAAGUGCACCAGUAUCAGCCCAUAGCAUUGCUGCCAUAAAUCCAUUUCAGUUGUUGCUGAAAAUUUAGAGUUUAGUCAUAGUUACAGAGCAUAGGAUAAUAUUUACUGCACAUCAGCUCAUUCAGUAAAUUCAAAAGACUAUGCCUGUCUGUCAUAUAUUUUUAAUCCACUGAGUGACUUCUCUUGUCAGCAAACAGCUAUAAAUUUAUGUUCUGCUACAGACAGAACAAAAUAAUUCAUACUUUUCCUGAUUUUACCCCUUGGAUAGUUGGUGGAAAACACUGACAAAAGUAUUUAAUCUGCAUUUGAUUUUCCUCUGCAAUAGAAAAACUAAACAAUGUGAUAUUUUCUUUAAAACAGAACACCAUUUUAUCUGUUUUCUGACUCACCUGGAGAUUUCACUUCAUUUUCAAAGUCUCUCUCACGGCAGCUUUGACUUUUUGUGCAACUAUUUCCCUAAGGAUAAGGAAAUGCUGAGCAUGUUGACUUGUGCAUUGAUAGGGUAACAAAAAUGUUUGUAUUUGGAGAAUUUAACUUACAGUAAUUAUGCAGAAAGGUAAGUGUGAUAAUCUAGUGCUUGGUACAACAUAGAUAAAUGAAUGCAUAAUAACUUGAUUCUUCAGUCUAUUUUCUUUUACUUAAAAGUGCAUAUAUAUAUAAUUAUAUACAGAGAGAGGGAUAAUAAGAGCAUUGUACUGGCAUGUUUAUGCCAUACAGGCUAAGGUUGUCUCAGCAUUUCUAUGGUAUACUUCUAUUUUCAAUAGGUUAUAACACAGCCAUUAAAAUUUGCUUCAGGCUUAAAGAUCUAGGAGUAAUUUGUGUUUGGCCUAGUAUCCAAAAUAUGUGUGUGUUUGUUUUAAAUUUAGGUGUUCAGCACAAAUACAUUUUUUUACUGGGUUUAGUUUUGACCUUGUAUAAGUCAAAAACAAUUUAUAAUUUAAUAAAAUGAAAUUUGAUAAACAGUCGGGACCCAGUAGGAUCUAGAAUUAUUAGCAUCAAGGGGGGAAAUAAAAUACCUGCUUUCAGUUCUGAAAUUCUGGUUACUGGUCAUGUUCAGUAACAUUUUUCAUAAUGUUUUUAAUAGACAUCUCCAUAUUAAUAUUGUUACAAUCCAUAUUAUGAAUAACUGUAAUAUGAAAAAUAAGUUUCAUCAAUCUGCUACAGGCUAUCAAACUGAAUGUAGUGGGUUGCUUAAAUCUAGAGUCCAAUGUCUGUGUUAUGCAGGAGGUCAGAUGAUCAUAAUGGUCCUUUCUGGCCUUCUAACCUAUGAAUUUAUGAAAAAAGUUAUUUACUAUCUGCAGAAAUUAACUUUUACCAGAAAAGAAAUUUAAGAAAAUAUGUAUGCCUACGUUUACUUGAUGGGCUGGAAUGGAGAUUCAAAAGGGCUCCAAAGGAGCCCUUUCAAAUCUCCUAAAUAAGUACAAUACACAUUUUAUAACAUCCUAUGGACAAUUUUUCUUUAUUUACCUUUUUCAGAGAAGGGUUGGGGGAUCAUGUUAUAAAUCUUAAAAAACAAAAGAAGAAAAGGUUUAGUUAUGAAACAAAUGACAAGAGGUAGGAAACUUCAGAGUUAAGAGCCAGACUCCCUUUAUCUCAUAACCUGGUUUAUGUUUUACUCUCCUCCCAGAAUCCCUAUCCCAAUAAGAAUAAACUAUAAGAUUUAACUUCAAAUUCCUCAGCUUAGCUUAUGUCACAGUUAGUUAAAUGUCAUUUUUGGUACUUAAUUAUAUCAAAUCAAAUUCUGGCUUGUUGGUUGGAAAAAGUGCAUAGAGCAGAAAAGUAGAUCUGCCUAGAAGCAAUGAAAGCACAACAUUUUUAUUUAGCUUUUUUCACAUUUGUAUUCUUGAUGGGGCAAGGCUUGAAAAGACACAUAACGGACUCGGCAGUGCAUGCUCCAUACAUUAUGCAUUCAACUGUCGCAUGCAUGGCAAAAGAAAUUGAAACCAUCACAGUAGGACCAGACUAAAGCACAAUAUCAGGGGGUCUCUCUGCUGCAGACCCAUAUCCCAUGUAAAUUCAGGCUUGACCUAUCUGCUAGUUUGGCAUUGGGUCCAGAAAUGGACGAUGCUAUGUUGAGGCAGAACAACAUCUAGCUGGGGUCAUCUAAACCCAGCACUCUUUCCUGCCUAUGCAGGGGGUCGGACUCGAUGAUCUAUUGAGGUCCCUUCCGACCCUAACAUCUAUGAAUCUAUGAACUUCAUUCACCCAUUUAAGAAGACAAGAAAAGGAACCAACAACAGGACCAGUAGUUUUCUACGUGUAUAUGUGACCUUUUGGCUAUACUACUUAGAGUCCCACAAACAAAUGACUGCAGCACCAUCAGCUACCUAAAAAGGCAUCCUUAGAAAGGGCAGCAUGGCCAGCUGUCUAACUGGAGGUCAAAUUAGGAUGUAAAUCAUAUAGUUCCCAGGCAUAUACUAAGGAACUGAUAGUCACAAUUAGUGAUACAGCAAAAUCAUUAUUGACACACACUGUAACACUGAACAUACUUUAUUAGUUCACAGUAUGCUGCUUGUAGUGGCAUAAUAGUGGCCAUUUAAGAUGAGGCUGAUUCCGUGGAGUGCAUGCAUACACACACACAACACCUGUAUAAAAGUAGCAACCAUGGCAUACUCAAUGUAGAUCAACAGAGCUUUUCUUAUUAUGCUCCUAUUACUAAACAUCAUGAUAACACAUGAUCAUUUCUCAUCUGUCUUUUUCAUUCUUGUGUCCUGCCUAAUAGUUGGCACAAAGGUUGAGCUGAUAUGGAGAGGCAUUGGUAUCAGUUGAAGUGUUGCACCCAAUAACCAGUAUUAACAGUCAUGAUCAGAAUGUCACCAUCACUAGUUUCAUGUAAUAGCUGACCCCAGGGCAUGUUCUACUGUCACACAAUGUAGAUACCGUAUGUUGGAAUGUUAUAUGAUACAUAUAUGAAUAGCUAAGAAAGCUCACUGAUGAUAUGAGUUCCAGAUGCCUGAGGAACAUUAGUAUGUCACUAUUGUAAUUGCUGCCUUACCUUACCAGUGCCUAAGACCAUUGUUCCAAAGUUAACCAUAGAAACAUGCUUAGGAAAUACCUCUUUCUCCUAUGUUUUAGCAUAUCGGUUACCAAUUCUCGUCAGUUUGUUAAUAUUUGUGAACGCAAAGUGAAUGCAAAAUUAUUAGAUACAGCAUCCCCUGGUAUGGAACACACACUGAGCAUAGGCAUGGUAUUGAAAACCUUAUGCACUACUGUAGUCUUGCAGUGUGUGAUCAAGGAAGUGCUACAGAAUGAUGAAACUGAACACACCAGUAAUAGCUACUAAAACAAGUAUAACUAGAGAGUACCACCUAUACCUCCCUAUUCAUGCACUGCAGUGUGGAAAGGAUACCACAGGAAAAACACACACAUCGUAACUCUUACAUACUACUCUUUCUGCCUAGAAAGCUAUGCAGCAUGGCUUCAUAAGCUUGUGCAUAAUGGCAGCAUCCACAGAUCAUUAUUGGAAUGAGCAAUCCACACUAACCAUGGAGUUUUGAUUAGUCAGUAGUAAUCCUGACCUUGUAAAACUACAGGAUCUCAUAUUUAAAAAUGGCUGUUCCAUGGCAUCAGCAACAGUGACAUGUGGCCACUCAUCAGCAUGUCUUUUUUUCCUUUUCCUUAAUGUUUAGGUGGGGUGCAAACCUGAAUUUAGCAUCUCUUAUCAGUCAAUUCUUGCAGUUAUAAUGUACAAUGAACAGUUGCUCCUAUUUCAUUAAAUGAUACUAAUAUAUAAAAUAAUACUACUUAUUCAAUGGCCUGUCCCCCCAGUGCAAUCUGCAGCAACAUCCUUUCACAUCCUUUCAAGUGGUCUAAUAAAUAAAUGCCAUUUUUGCUUUCCCUUUGUAUCAAUUUGGGGAUGUGUUCAGAUAUCCAUGUAACAACUCUGUAUGGGACACUCCAGAAAAAAAUGAGGUAUCACUGUCUGAUAAUACAUCUCAUCUCUCACCCAUUAGGAACACCAUACUUUCAAAUCAGUCCCCUGCUAAUAGAAGUUGAGCAUUUACAAAAGAUAGUGAGUCACAUUGUACAGUCACAUUUUUUUCUGAUACUAAAAUCUCAUUGCACUCACAUACUAAAGCUCUACAUUCAUGACAUAGAUAGUCACAUAUACUGUACUCCCAUCAGUUUUUAAUCAUGUAUAUACUGUAGUGACCCUUAAUAGGUAGUUUGGCACCACCAUGCCAAACUACCUAUGGCCAUGACAAACCAGUUUGUUAUUCCUAAUUUGAGAUGAAGCAUAGUGGUCAGCAGUAUAAAUUAAUUACUAAUAGUGCUCACACUCUCGUAUGGAAUGAUACCUGGGCAUAUCUAAGUAAGCGCUAUUAGAAAAUGGCAUACAUUGAAUUUAAGUGCAAACUGGUACACCCACCAUUUGUGCUUUUCAUAGCCAUUGCCACAUAAAUAUGAAAGCUGACCUGCUAUUCCUGAUCACAUUAUCUCAGCAAUGCCAGUAAUGUUUGACUCCUUGUUUACGGUCCAAUAAAAGAUAUCACCUACAAAAAUCCUUGCUUUUUGCAUAUUUUCUGGAGCACCAAGGCUACAUCACUCCAGCAUGACCACUCCUUGCUUAUGUCAAGUGUCUCACUGUAUAAAAAGGAUAAGUGCAUUAGGAUGACAAUCACAAUGGGAUUCAUUCCAGAAGACGUCAAUGGCCAGUAGUGCUGUUGUGAUCAUAUACUACCUUAACUGUCAUGAUGAGACUACAUUUCAUAUAUGCGUGAUGUAAAUUCUGGUUUGUGUCUACAUACCUAAAUGCUCCCUAAAGAAAGCGUAUGAGCAACCGAUAUCAAACCAUGGCCAUACCCCUAAAGCUAAGCACUACAAAUUUCAGUACCCUACAAUGGCCACUGUUGCUUAUUAACAUCUGUGGUGACUUGAAUUGGAAGUAAUUGAGGUAAUAUUAUUAAAAUCAUGUUACCAUCAUUCUCAUGUUAAACACUGAUACACAAUUUGGACAAGAUUCCAGUUUUCAAGAAUUCCACAGUGGUAUCAAACAUCUACUAUUCAAUAUUUAUCCAGUUGACAUUGCUUUAUUUCUAUAACACUCUUGGUGAAACAUCUACAACUAAGGUUCACUCAAUAUUACUGUCUUAUUUGUGGCUGGAUGGAAACAAGCCUAUAGAAUUAUACUGGUGUCUCUAUCCUCAUUGUACAAAAUAUGUAGCCCCUUAGUUUUGAGAGUGGUAGUCCUUGGUUCACAAUUGUGAUAAAUGCAGGUGAUAAAUGCAGUUAUGCACCUUCACCCUGAAUUAACCUAUUCAUGAACUGUUUCUUCCAUUUUUGCCAGUGUCCAUAGCUGAGUCAAACAGGCAUUCAUUCAUUUCAAAAGAUGCUGACAGACAUAAAAGUAUUAGCAUGGGCACCUGAUCAUUAUGCUUUUCUAGGAGAAGAUAUGAACCAGCAAAAAGAAAAAUUUAGCCCCCUGCCUGAAACCAAGUUUGACAGGAAUAAAGAAACCUAAUUUUAAUUGCCCAGAGUUGCCUUCAACCACUCUCUUGAAAAUUUUAUAUAAAAUGUAUACUAGAGAAAGUCUACUAGAACAUCAGUAUCAAUUGGUUAUUGAGUAUGGGCCUAAUCUCUUUUAGGCUAUCACUAAGCAACAAUGGGCACCAACAACAAUGCCUCCAAUAUUGUUCCCACUUGAUGUUAUUAACCAUGAAGUGAAAAGGUGGCAGCAAGCCCAAGGGCUCUUUAACACACUAACCAUAAAACUGACUGAAAAUGUACUAGAGAGAACUUGACAUUUAUCCACUCCAGCCACAGAUCUUUCCCCAUAGAUUUGAUUAAGCCAAUUUUAAUCCAAGUUUUAAAAAAACUCGUCAUGGUGAGGAGCACUUGACUUAAGUAUGUGCAAGCCUGUCAUCCAUUUUUUUUCUCCAACAUACUUUUCUACAGGUUGGGUGCUUUAGCUAGAAUAGUAAGACCCAACUUGUUAAUUACAUAGACUUGGUAGAGGAAAUACAAUUUUACUAUCUGGCCAUACAGCAGGAAAAAAAGCCUGUCAGAAAGAAAUCAUUUUUUUGGUCUACCAGGAGUGUGAUGGUUACUAUUGUUAUUCAGGCACACGCUGUACAAAUUUAAAGCUUCCACGCAUCUUCCACUGCGAUGAUGCUACACAAUUCAACACUCCAAACAUAUCCAUGCCUUAUGGUGCCACGUUUCUUAUCUCCUGGUCUGAUUUAUUACAUCCAUGGACUCACAAUUAGAGUUAAACACCCAAGUAUUUGAUCAUGAAUGUUAAUGUCUGUGGGCAAUUUUCAUUUUCUAAGCCGUUCUAAAAAAAAAAAAUGUCUUGUUCAUGUUGCAUUAGCCAUCGCAGAGUGGAUUGCUAUGCUUGGUUUCACACACAUUUUGUUAAUGAUGCUAAAGCAGCAGCAUAUUGUUUUGCUGUCAGUCAAUUGUGGUUCACUCAUGUCAGGUCUUGUGUUUGCUGACCAGUCCAGAAGCCUGUAUUUCAACAGUGCUUGAAUUCCUUGUGGCUCAUUUCAUUGUGUUUAACCUUUUUUCUUUGCACUAUUUUUCCUUCUGUGCUAGGUCCUGAUGCCCAUCAACUGUGUUGUAGAUAGGCAAUCUAAAAUUUUGUGACAAAUUGGUUCAUUCAUGCACAUCACCCAUAUUUGUUUCAGGGUUAAAGCAUAUUGUGCAACAUUAUUAGAUGUAAAAUGCUUUCCUGUCUAGGCAUUUUGUUUUCUAAUCCCUACUAAUUCAUACUUGAUAGCAUUUUUAUGCACAUCUCUCUGUGGCAAUUGCUACCACACAUAAGGGUUCAGGACACUGGCAAUGUUAACUUACAUCUUUCAGGGACGGCCACGUCUGGAUGUUGUAGGUUUAUAGUGUGACAGAAACGUUUCUGGAUGGACAGAAGCUGGUUGGAAGAUUGAAUGUCUGCUCCUUGCCAACUCUGGUUAGGGGCUAAAGUAUCUGAUACAGGGCCUGGCUUUGCACAGGAAGUUGUCAGUCAGGGUUUAGCAUGUAUUUAUUUGAUAGGUUUGCAUUGUUUUGCAUACUCUUUUUGUGUCUACUGCUGGUUCCUGAAUGGCAUAUAUCCUGCUUACCCUGCAAGCUUUCUGCCCUGCUAUCUGUCAUAACUUGAUUGCCUCUUCAGUUCUGGUUGUUACAUGUCGGGCUGAUCUUAGCAGCUUUUAGUUUUCCAUCUAGUUCCCAUUAGCUGCUCAAUAUGGUACUUGCUUCAAAAACUAAUUUGGUCCUGGCACGUUAAGUACAGGUUAAUAUUUCUUUCCAUGUUGUGGUGUGUUUGCUUUACUCCCAUCUCUGAGAUAAAAUUAGCAAUCUCAGUGAGGUUUUCAUAUGUGGACAUGGCUUUUGGUAUGGUUAGGAUAGAUUUGCAUGUAUUUUUACACAUAACAUAACCCACAUUUGGAUAAACCAUGACUCUUUUCAAGCUCUGCUCUCUGACCCACACAGCAGUUGAUCAGAUAAUUUUACAAAGUCCUACAAAUAUUUCAGAAUAUAAAGAUAAUGAUUUCAUAGCGUGCUGCACAUUUUCUCACCAUAUUCUUUUUUGCUGCAUUGACACAUAUGCAUUUCAUGCCAGAAUUAGCCUCAUGUGUGUUAGCAAAAAAAGUAACGAGCAUUUACUGGCUUUUUGCAACUAAAUUUCAUCUUAUUAUAUUAUAUAUAUAUGUAUUUUUUUUGGAUCACACAGCAUUCUAUACAGUAACCUUUUUAUAACUGGCAUAUGUUAUUCUUUCAGGUAGCUUCUACUGACAAACACAAAGCUUGUUUGUGUGCAAAUGCAAGGCUGACUAAAUGGUGCUAAAGUGUAUUAUGACUGUCAGAUAUAAUCAGGCAAAAUUUUGUGGUGCUUAGACUGAUUUUUUUCAUUGAUUUUAUUAAUCAAUGCAUUGAACAGUGUUUUAUUAUACACAAAUUGUCUUUUAUUAGUAAACCAAGGCCUCAUAGUGCAUUGUUAAAUGGGUUAAUUAAUCUACGUAACAGCUCACCAAGCUAUUAUCUCUUUAACUCCUUAUAAUGUUGCGUCAUUAAAGGUCAAGGGGUCAUGAUAUUAAUUGCAUUGCUGUAGACCAUUAACAUGACUGAACAUUUUCAACAAAGAACUUAUGUUUACAAUGCUAUAACCCUUUGACUGCUGCGGCAACCUUUAACCACAAAAAAGUCACAUGCUAGAAUCAUCACUAUGGUUCUUGCCAUGGCAAUCAAAGAGUUAAGGGCUGUGCAGUGAUUUGUUUUAUAUUUAUUAAUUUAUAUUUAUUUUUGUUUUCAUUCGAGGAGGGGGGAUUGGGAUAGGGCAGUUCUUGUCUGCUGUAAGUGUCUUAACCAAGGGAAGGGGUAAAAUGGCUUUUUUAUACUAUUGCAUCUUAUGUACUUACCAUCGUUUCAUUGUGUUGUAAUUAAAAAAAAUUCUGUCAAUAAAUACGAAAACAGAAAAAAAAACGUUU